UCCUUGUUCCCCCUUUCUAAAAUACACAAAAAAAGAAAAAAACAAUCCAAUCAUCCUUAGAACUCAAAUCUUCUCAAUGGGGAGCCAAAUGAAGAAGCAAUGGCAUCAAUUUGCUUGUGCUUUGACAUUUUUCUUGAUUGCCACUUGCACUAUGGCAUAUUCAUCUGAUUCUUAUAAAUCACCAAUUCCAUCAUAUAAUCAAGUACCAUUGUCAAAAGACAAUUACGAAGUGCCACAAGUGUCCAAGAGCGAUUACAAGGUACCCUCAGUGCCUAAACAAGAAUACAAGAUACCAUCUUUGCCAAAGAAUAAUUACUACACGAAGCCAUCAAUUCCAAAAGAUGACUAUAAGAAGGUGCCAUCUGUUUCAAAAGAUAACUACUACAAGGCACCCGUAGUGCCUAAACCGGAAUACAAGGCGCCAUCUUUGCCAAAGAAUGAGUACUACAAGAAACCAUCAGUUCCAGAAUAUAAUUACAAGAAGGUGCCAUCUCUUCCAAAAGAUAACUACUAUAAGGCACCUUCAGUGCCUAAACUUGAAUACAAGACGCCAUCUUUGCCAAAGAAUGACUACUACAAGAAACCAUCAGUUCCAAAAGAUAACUAUUACAAGGCACCCUCAACGCCUAAACAGGAAUACAAGGUGCCAUCUGUACCAAAGAAUAACUACUACAAAAAGCCAUCAGUUCCAAAGAAUAACUACAAGGUGCCAUCUGUUCCAAAGGAUAACUACCAGGUGCCAUCUGUACCAAAGAAUGACUACUACAAGAAGCCAUCAGUUCCAAAGAAUAACUACAAGGCGCCAUCUGUUCCAAAGGAUAACUACUAUAAGGUACCCUCAGUGCCUAAACCAGAAUACCAUGUGCCAUCUGUACCAAAGAAUGACUACUACAAAAAGCCAUCAGUUUCAAAGAAUGACUACUAUAAAAAGCCAUCAAUUCCAAAAACUGACUAUUACAAGGUACCCUCAAUGCCUAAACAAGAAUAUAAAGCACCAUCUUUACCGAAGAAUGAUUACUACAAGAAACCUUCAGCUUCUCCUCCACCGCCAUACUACUAUAAUUCACCCCCUCCCCCUUCACCAUCACCACCACCUCCCUACUCUUAUCAAUCAUCUUCGACUCAUUCUCCAUCACCACCUCCUCCAUAUUAUUAAAUUCCCAUUUUUCAUGUUCAACAUGUAUCGAGAAGGCCAUUUUCCAACACAACAUAAUCUCAAGGGUCUUGAGUUUAAGGCAUGAUAUCAAAAAUUUUAUUUCUUAAUUUUGUUGUUUCUUUCUUAUCCUUAUUCGGGUGGCAAUUGUUUUGUCAUUUAAAUUGUAUUUUGAAUGUUUCCAGAGAAUUGUAUCAGUUGAAUACAAGUUCCUUUUAUUGAUCUA